UAAUAUAGGAUACACGCGUAAAGUGCGUACAGACUAAUUUAACAAAAUGAGUGAAUAAGUAAACUGAUGGAACGAUUAAUUUUGAGCUUUAUAUUGAACUCGUAUAAGCAGAGCUAUUCUAAUGCAUGAGUUGUUUGUGAGCUUCCUGAGCAAUGAAUUCAGUAUGUAUAGUAGCCAAUAUUAAGCAAUUAAAAAAAUGAAAGAUACAAAAACUAAGAAAAAAGUAAUCCUUUUGAGAACUUAUUUUAACGUUCAUUUUUUCACGUUGUGGUUUAAACUCGAUUUUUAAUUUUUGUUAUAAUAUUUGAACUUCCUUUAGAUUUUUACUUGACUAAGUGAUCAAAGUUUGUGUAAGAGAAAAAUAUUUCCUCCAUCUCAUUUUAAGUGUCUUUUAGAAUUUUAGCAUGUCCAUCAAGAAAAGAAUAAGUACAACAUAAGCAUGUAGUUUACUAAUUUAUUCUUAUUUACUUCUUGACUAUUAUAAGAUGGAGUUAAAAGCCUAUAUGAUCAUUCAAUUUUGGGUAAUUGGCCAUCAUAAUCACUCAACUUUGUUUUGUAUUCCAAAAUCACUCAACUUUGAGUAAGUGACAUCUAUAAUCACUCAACUUUGUUUUGUCUUCCAAAAGUCACUCAACUUUGAGUAAUUACCCAGAGUUGAGUGACUUUUCGAAGACAAAACAAAGUUGAGUGACUUUUGAAUGACAAAAUAAAGUUGAGUGAUCAUAUAAGCUUUUAACUCUAUUAGAUGCUGCUCUUCCCAUCCCAUUUUAACUGUCUCUUUAGCUUAAAAGAAUUGUUUCAAAUCAUUAUCACUCUAGGAAUUAGGACUAAUGUUAGACAAUUAUUUUCAAUUAUACCCUUAGUAUUAAAGUAGUUCUUUUUAAUAAUGCUCAAUAUUAAAAAAAAUAAAAAAUCUAAUAUAUAGGGAUACUAAAUAGUGAAUUGUACUUUUUAUUUAUUAUUUUUCUUAAUAAGCUUGAAAAGGGCUAAAACGACAGUUAAAAUGGGGCGACACGCGUAAUAUGUAAAGUGAGUUACUAAUCACUUUUGAUCUUCUUUAAUAGCAGGGGUAAGAUCGAAAAAAGUAAUUAAUAUCUGUCUCAAUUUCUAAAAUCUACAAUUAUUUUGGGAUAUUUGUUAUGGGGUAAAACGACACUUCAAAUGGGACGGCGAGAAUAACAUUCUCAACCUAUAUCUUAUUUGUUCUAAAACAACGUCUUCCUAUUCCAUCUUUUCUUAAAUCUCCUUUAAGGAAAGAAAUAGAAAAUCGAGAUUAUAUUUUUAUUUUAUUAUUUAGCUCUUAAACAUGAAUAGAAUUUGUAGAGAGCGAGUCCAAAGGGCUGCAAUCAAAAUCUGUUAAGCAAAGAAGCAUAUCAACUUUCACAUCUCAGAUCUCUCCACGUGGCACACUUCCAUAAAUACCAAUAUAUCUUGGACACUCAAAACUUCUCUAAAUGUGGCACAAGUCUAAUUAUUAAUCAAAGAAAAAACAAAACAUUUACAUACUUGUAUAUUCUUUUUGACCUUUCCUCUUUUCCCAUCACUAGUUCUAAUAGAAAAGCUCUUUCAUAGUUAGUUCCUCAUAACAUAUAUUGUGUCAAAUCUUGUAUUUUUGUGACUGGUGAAAUGCUUGAUUGGAUCAAAUUCCAAUACCAACUAAGAGAAUUUGAUCAACCUAUUUUCUUUCGUUAAGGUGGAGAACAAAUCAAGAAUUCUCGUUCUUCAUCGUCAAUCGAAAAGAAUUAAAUAAAUUUCAAGAAUAAACAAAUAAAAUAAGACAAAGCAUAUUAUUACUAGCUAGUAAGCGAGUUGUGAAGGAAAAUAAAUCAUUCACUCUAUAGUCUGAUAAAUAUUUUGCAGAACUGAUUAAUCGAACGAGAAUAAAGAUAAGAGUCCCGCUCUACUACUUAAGGUUCAAUGGAUCCCUUAUGUGAAUUAUGUGGAGUGGUGAGGGCAGUGGUGUAUUGUAAAUCAGAUUCAGCAAGGCUUUGCUUGCAAUGUGAUGGAUAUGUUCACUCAGCAAAUUCGUUAUCGCGAAGGCAUUUACGUUCUCUUAUUUGUGACAAAUGCACUUCACAGCCAGCAGUUGUGAGAUGCAUGGAUGAGGCAAUGUGCUUGUGUGAAGGCUGCGAUUGGAACGAAAAUGGAUGCAUCGUGGCAGGGCAUCGACUCCAGAAGUUGAAUCCUUACAGUGGAUGCCCGUCUCCCGAUGAGUUUACAAGGAUGUUAUCACUAGUUCUUGAAAUGCCUAUUAGUAAUGACAUGACUAAUUUUGGCAGCUUUGGUACUACUCCUUGUAGCUCAGUGAGUAUCAAUGAGAAUAAUAGCAGUUUGGAGAGUAAUAAAGGGAAUGAAGGUUCAUUGGUUGCUAGUAAGCUCAAUGAAUUAGCUUCUAAUUUUAAGCUUGAACCAUGGGCCAAUAUUCCUUCUGAUCCCAAUUACAUCACUUCCUACAACAGAGAUCCGGCACCCUUCUCCGAGGGAUCUGCCCUUUCUAAGCAAGAUUGUGCAAUUAAGGAUCUCGGAUUACAGGAAGGUGAUGAUCUCUCAAAAGGUGUUGAUUUUGACGACGUGACAUUGAAUUUCGACUGUGGUUAUGAGAUUUUGGGAAAUUCACAACAGAGUCAUCCAAGAUACUCUAAUGAAGACAAGGAAUUAGAUUGCCUAGUGAUGGAGAAAAAUUCAUCCGUCACGGGAUCUAAUCAUGUGGAAACUUCUCACGAGGCAACAUCUUCAAUGCAGCAAGAGUAUUUGGGAUUUCAGUCCUCACAAAUGGCUGCAGCUGCGAGUUCAACGAAUCUGUUGCAGACAAUAAGUGCCACUGCUAAUUGCAUGCUUAUGAAUCCCACUUGCAACGGAAGCAUUGGCUUACCGUUUCUACCUGCACCGAUUCAUCCAAGCAUGUCAUUAUCACUCUCCAACAUCACCGGAGAAAGUAGUGCAACAACUGACUAUCAAGAUUGUGGGUUGUCACCGGGGUUAUGGGAUAUCAAUAUUGAAAAUUGUCCACAGAAAAGGCAUGAAGCCAAGAUGAGAUAUAACGAGAAAAAGAAAACUAGAACGCCUUUAAUGAACACUCUGCACAACAAAGAGAGUUGUCAUGAUUUCCAAUGGCCUUAACCGGUAGUUUCAACUAGACUCUUGCUUUCUCAUAGGUAAUUAUAGCUGAUAGGAUAGAAUUGCAAAAAGACUUUGCCUUUCCUUUGCAUUAGAACUCAAAAACCUCAUACAAGUCACCCUAUAAUCUGGUGGUGCGUACAAAUUAUAUCCGUUGCAGAGGUGCCUCCAACGUCUUCCAUAUCCAUGCCAUCUAAUAAGCUUCAAAAUUAUUAGCACUUCGAUUUUUUGCUUUCACUUAAUUGAUGCUUUCUAUUGAACUCGAUUUUUAUAGCUAGAUUAUGGUCUAGAGCUAUAUUCAUCUCAUUUGAAUUGCUUUAGCAAUUAUUUAAAUAAGGUAUAAAGAACUACGCAGAGGUUUGUGACAAAAAUCGUCACCUGAAGUUUUCUUACUCUUAUUAUGUGAAUGGAUCAUACAUACAGUUUGAUACUUGUGGCACUUAGUGUGCUUUCUUGGCUUCCCAUAUGCUUGGAUGCUUG